ACCGAAUGCGAUUACGAUUCUGCCCUCCCCCCCCCUCUUUCGUUUUACAAAGUCCUCAGUCUCUCUCUCUCAGUUCAGUUUGAAAUUCUCCGGUGUUACGAAGAAGAUGGUGGCUGUGUCACUAACUGCUACAAUUAUCUCUUACUACACAACAAACUGACUGAUUGUCGUAUAUAUAUGUAUAUAUAUACAAAGACAGAUACAUACAUUUGUUGUUAAUAGUGACAGUUGACGAAGUUAAAAGCAUUUGUGUCCUUUCUGUCUCUCGAUCUGCAGAGAGAAGCUUCAGGUUGUCUUUCAGACACAUUUCUUCCUCUUACAACAAAUUACAAUCACACAUAAAUAACAUACACACAUAUUUAUACAAAUAUAUAUAUUUAUAAACGUGUUUACAUACAUACAUGCGUGUAUGGACGCGUAUGUUACACACAUAGGGCAUUGAAAUAUAAAACAGAAGCUGGGAUUUUAUUUAAACUACGUUGAGAACGAGCAGGAUUCGAACCACGGGAUCUUAUUUUUACAAUUUAUUAUACAACGGCAAGGGACGAAAACGAGCGGCAACAAUGAAACAAAUUGACCAUAGCCAGAUUUUUUCAAGUCACAAGAAAACAUGUGACCCACAGAAAUUGACAUUAAGUCAAAUGUUUGACAUGGCAGGCACAGGUUAUGACGGUCCACACCUUCAAUGUGUUGACGACAAUGAUGCUCUCAUAUUCCGUGACGGUAACUUGGUUUGUGGGUCUCUUGAAGCUCUUGUACAACAUCUUCUCCCCACAAGAGAUUACUACCCAGAUCGGACAUAUGUGUUUGCCUUUCUCCUUGGUUCCAGGCUUUUUACCAAACCCCAGGACCUCUUCUCCCAGAUCUGUCAGAUAUGCAUUUGUCAGCAAAACCUUGGACAUGACAGAGUCAAAAAGGAAUCUCUCGGCCGUUUUGGACCAAACUUUGUCAGGUUACUAAGUCAUUGGACAGAUUUAUAUCCACACGAUUUCCUUGAUGAACGAAUGCAAAAGACCUUAAAAGACAUUUCCCAGAGAAUCGUCACCGUUUAUCCAGAACUACGUAAAGAAGUAGCUAAUAUUAUGCAGAAUCUUUACAACGAAUUAAAUGGAUUAAAAGUGUUUGAUGAUUACAUGUCAAAGGUGAAUGCAGAAUCUUUACAAAAAUCCCAAAACCAAAUGGUUCCAACAACCGACAUUAUAGAUGUUUGCCCUGACCCAUUAACAUUGGCGCAACAACUGACCAACGUUGAAUUGGAUCGUUUUUCCCACAUUGGAGCUGAAGAAUUUGUUUGUGCGUGUGUUAAAGAUAGUAUCAAUGGUAACUGUACUGGCACCAGCUCCACUUCCCAUUUGGAAAUCUACAUACAAUGGUUCAAUCGACUGAGCUAUUUUGUGGCCACAGAAAUUUGUUCCCAUCUGAAGAAGAAGAAACGUGUCUGUAUGAUUGAUUACUUUAUUGAUGUGGCAAAAGAAUGCAUCAAUAUCGGUAAUUUUAAUUCCCUCGUAGCAAUUAUUGCUGGAAUGAACAUGAGUCCUGUUGCAAGACUGAAGAAAACGUGGGCAAAAAUUAACAAAGACAAAUUCUCCAUAUUAGAGCACCAGAUGGAUCCAACGAACAACUUCAGCAGUUACCGUUUGUGUUUGAAAGCGGCAAAGUGGCGUUCUGAAGGGGCUGUAGAUGACAGAGAAAGGGUGAUUGUACCAUUCUUCAGUCUGUUUGUAAAAGAUAUUUAUUUCUUGAAUGAAGGAUUCUCCAAUCGAAUGCCAAAUGGAAAUAUAAAUUUUGAGAAAUUCUGGUUAUUGGCUAAAAGAUUGUCUGAAUUUGUUUCAUGGCAGAAAGUUGAGUGUCCAUACGCAAAGAAAACCGACAUCCUUAGUUAUAUUCUUACCACCCCAAUCUACUCUGAAACGGCUCUUCUUUUGGCAUCAUUUGAAUGUGAAGGACCAGAAACAAGUCAUGAAAAAGAGAAAUACAAGCAAUUGGCAGACAAAGGAAGACACAAACAGAUGAAAAUGCAGACAUAAAUCGAAAUUUGUACAGUAUUAAUAGAGUAAAUAAGGAAUUACUAGUUCCUUCUGUGGAACCGAAAUGGUUUAUCAGAGACAGUUCACUGGUGAUGGUGGAGAAAGCCCUUACAGAGAGUUUAGCAUGACCAAAAACUUUUUACAUUUUUUCACUGUUAAACCAGAGCUUUUGUUUGUGCAAGUGUUGUAACUGCAAGAAGCCUGUCAGAAAGGGUCCAAACCGUAAUUUUUUUUUUUUUUUUUUCCACACACCAUAUGAAAUUUUAGAUUCAAUUACAUAAAACCACGAAGAUCACCGAAAUGGAUCUUCAAAAAAAAAAAAACAUAAA